AUGUCUGAAUCCCGAAUGCGUGUGGUUAAACAUUCAAUAUUAAACGGUGAAGUGGCGUCGCGAUUAGAUCAAGUGGUCUCACAAUUAGGAGGAGCGAUACAAUCUGUCGAAACUAAUUAUGCAGAUCAUUAUAUGAUUAACUUAACAAGUCAAAGGAGCGUUCGGAAAAAAGCUGUACAAGCUGAAGAAUUAUGGCAAAAACGGGGACCGCCAAAAGCAACUGGAACAUAUUCUGAAAAACCGAAAUUACCUUUAGUGAAUCAGGUUACAAAAAUGUUGCUGUCCCAAAAUAAAUCGAAUAAACAAAAGAAACAAGUUGAAUUGCAAUCGAAUGAUAUUAAACGACCUCUUCAAAUGAUUGGAGAUAAAAAUCUAUGUUGGCUUAAUUCUUCGAUGCAGUUGACAUUAAGUAAUAGAGAAUUAUUGAACAACCUCUUAAAAUCACAAGGUGACUUGUUCGAAGACGAAUAUUAUUCGAAAGUAGAACAAAGUAUCACAUCAUAUUUAAUUCAGCUUGAAAAAACACCUUCAUCUGCUGUCAUCACUGAACAAGCAAUAAUUACUCAUAUAAAUGAUCUUCGAGAAUAUGGUCCGAAACAAUAUCAGAGUAGUACAAAUGCAUACAUCCCUAUAAUUCAGGAAGUUGAUAAAACAAGUUGUGUACGUGAUUAUCUUUCAUAUAUUCUUGUUCCAACGGUAUCCAAUUUCAUUGAUGUUGAAUUGAAUAUAAUUUCAACAUUAAAAUGUGAUU